GAUAGUCACAUGACCUUUUAUAUGUAUAAAUAGCACUAGAUUCGUUCACACAGACUAUUUCAAUCUGUCUGUAUCUCUAGUGUAGUGCUUGCUUGUUUUAAGGACUGAUCUCUUCACUAUGAAAACUUGGAUAACUUUAGGAUUUAUCAAAAAGAGAGUGAAUAAGAAAUUUAAAUAUUUUUAUGUUCUUAAGAAAGGAAAACCAAUUAGAAAGAGAUCAUUUUUUAAGAACUCACACCCAGCAGUUAUAAAAGACUUUUUGAAACGAAAACCGAAGAAUCCUGUGACACAAAAAAUCAGUUUCCUUCACGGAAUACAUCGGGUUUUAAAUAAGGCUACUCUGUACUGUAUAACGUUUAUAUUAAGAGAGCUUGCAGAGUACUGUGGGCCAUCUAACAACAUUGACAUUCAGAGACUUAGAAUUGCGGUUAUCUCACAGGCAGAAAACCUCUUCACUUUGAAUGAUUCCAUCAAUAGUAUUCACGACAAUGGCUGUAGAAAGGAAGAUCUCGAUCAAAGAAUUUCCAGUGUUGCACAUUGCUUCAAUGACGCUGAUAUAUCAAGUUGUUCAUGUAGAAAUAGCAUUUAUAGUCACUACAACCUAAAGAUGGAGAAAUGUCUAGCCAAAGACAAUGUUUCUUUCAGUUCCAAAUAUUUGGACAAUUCUCAAAGUCUAAGAAACAAAAGAUCAUGUUUUCUUUCUCUACAGAAAUGUGUUAAGGCACUGUCCAUAAGCAAUCUGAAACAGUAUAACUGAAGAUAAAACCAGUUCAAUAAUAGUGGAUGUUUUUUUUUAGUUAGUUUCAAUUUACUUUCUUCUAUUUUGUAUCUUUCAUCACAAGUAUUAAA